GGUGUUCUUUCUUCUUCCUUUCUGUGUGCUACUGUGUUUGGGUUUUUAGUUUGGUGGUGCUGUUUUCGUUCUACGAUGAAUCUACCUGAUUGCAGUGCAUCUCAUUUGGCUUUCUGUCGCAAGCAUUGUCUGUUUAUGUUUCAUGGAAUCACUCUUAAGCGCAUCUCUACCGUUCCUUCUCGUCCUGGCCUAUCUCCUUCUAUGUUACGUGGCAGCUUGCAUGAUGAGGAUAUGUUGGAGUCAUUCUCUUGUGCCACGUCUAGGAGAGCUUCAGCUGAUCACUCAUCUGUGAAGGAUUCGAUUAUACGACACGGUGCCACGUACAAAAGAAAGAUUUGGGAAAGAUUAGAUGUAUUUGAAGGGAAUUCACGACCUAUGAAGCUGCCUAAAGUUGAGGAUAAUCAUUGCUUUGAAGGCAUUUUUUUUGUUUUUGGUAAUAUGCUUUGACGACAUUUAAAUGUCAUCAGAUUCAAAUUUUUAGCAUUGCCAAGCCGGUGGUCAUGAACUCUAAUGGGCUCAACUAUUCUCACUUGGUGCAAAGGGUGUUCUUUUGAAGCCCAAAGUUGUUUCUUAUGGGCAAGCCCAUUUUCAGUCUCCUUUAAGCUGAGCCACAACUAAGCGGACAUUGUCAGCUGGCAUUUCCAAGGUUGUUUCGAUAAAUCAGACCAUAUUUACCAAUCUUAUUCAUGGCUUUGAUCGUGAAGGAGGGCACCUAAGAGCAAUCUCUCCUAGUACGGUUCUUCCAAACAACCAUGCUGAGUUUGCUGAUCUUGGAUUUGUUACUGUUACUAGCUCAGUUCGGUCACACCUUAAACGCAAGCAGACGCUAUUCUUUAGCAUGGAACAGGAUUGGGGUUUUGCGAGGUUUCCCCCACAAAAACAUCGCAUACUUUUUUGCUGAGGAUCUCCAUGUAUUGCAGGUGCAUGGAGAUCCAUAAUGUUGCGCUGCAAUGUUUUCUCUCUCGUCUUGUUCUGUUUUGUUUGCUCUGUUUCAGGUUUUGUUUCCUUGGUUCAUGUAGCUAUGUUCCAUUCAAUGCCCUGGCUUCCUCACAUCAAGCUUUGGCUUUCAAAAUCCUGCGAGAGAAGAUUCACUGAAUCGAAACUUAUAUGGUUCAGUAAUUUGCUCAAUUUACUCGCUGCAAUUACAUUGGCUCAUUGUGAAUUGGCUUUUAAGUUGGUUCUUCACGUCUUGGGAGUUCAACUCAACAACAUUUGCAUGAUAAGAUCAGCAUGAUUUGGGCUUUUGCUUC